AUGGAUCUAAGCCAGCCCAUAGAAGAAAACUAUGCCAAUCCCAAAACAUGCUUCUUUCACGUGUUCUUCAAGGCUUCAGCUUUGGCAUUUUACAUACUGUCAGCACUAUUCGCCGAUAGUUUCGUUAUCAUCUUUGUGAUCACUGUUGUGCUUUCUGCUCUUGAUUUUUGGGUCGUCAAGAAUGUCAGCGGCCGCAUCUUAGUUGGGCUUAGGUGGUGGAAUGAGAUAAAUGACCAGGGUGAGAGUACAUGGAAAUUUGAGUGCCUUGACCAAGAGUCGUUAGCUCUUAUUAACCCAAAGGAUUCCUGGCUGUUUUGGUGGACAUUAUACCUUAAUGCAGCCUGUUGGACCAUCCUUGGAAUAUUUUCACUGGUAAGGUUUCAGGCUGAUUAUGUCCUAGUUGUGGGAGUUUGUUUGAGCCUUGGCAUUGCCAACAUCAUUGGAUUUACCAAAUGCCGUAAAGAUGCCAAGAAGAAGAUUCAAGCGUUUGCCACUCAGACCAUUGCUUCUCGUGUCUCAUCUACAAUACAGUCAGCAUUUAGCAUCGUAUAAAAUGUCUGAGUGGCAAAAGAUUUUAUCAAAAUUUACUGGUCAGAUUGCUUUGCCAAGAUGCUAGUUAGGGAAUGCUAUGACCUAAUUACCAUAUUAUAGACGUACUGUUCCCCCAUAGGUAACCACAGAAAUACGCCACUGUUCUUUUUUUCAUUUUAGUGGUCAA